UUUUUAAGUGUUUUUUAUAGCGCUGGUUGCUUGUUUGUCUCACAAAAACUGGCAACACUGGAGACCGGCUAGUAGAGAGAAGGUUCGGUAGAGCGCGAGGAGGGGAGGAGGGGGGGCGAGAGAGCGAGUGAACGAGAAAAAAAAAAGAGGGAGAGAGAGAGAGAGAGAGAGACGGCCGUCAGGGUCCGGGUGGCAAAGGGACGGAGGACACGGAGAGAGUAAGGCCCGACAGACGGAGAGAUCUUUGACCCGCUGAGCGAUUUGAAUGAGGCCGCGCCUGGCGUUUUCUGAGGAUCCUCUCCAUGUUUUGAGCCGCUCAGUAUUUUCAAUUCAGCAACUUGGUUUUUACCGCCAUGCCGUCCAACAGUCCCGCCGCCGCCGAGCCGCCCCAGACGCCAGAGAACGACGGCGCUAAAAACCUGGGCGAAGACGGAGCAGACCAGGACAGUCCAGAGGAGGGGACGCCAGCGAGCCCCCACAACAAGCGGAGAGUCGGCCGGCCCAGCAGGAAACGCAAGCAGCUGCUUCCUGAGAUGGCUGCCUCUGACCCCUGUGCAAAUGCCCCCCCAACUCCGCCUGAGGAGCCGGAGCCUUCCCCUUCCUCGCAGAAGAAGCGAAGGCGCCGGAAACUAGAGCAAAGUGAAAGGAAUAAAGACGAGACAGAUGAGAGAAACUGUGACUCCCCCAGAGAGAUUGAGACUGGCAGGCUCCGGAGGAGGCCAGUCCCCAGAGUGACUUUCCAGGCUGGGGAUCCGUUUUACAUCAGCAGGAGGCAGAAGGAAGAAUGGCUCAGCCGCUGGAAGAUGGAGGCAGAGCGACGGGCGUACAGAGAGGCGGAGAUUAAUAUGAUGGACGACCUAUCAGAGAACGGCUUUCAAAAAGAGGAGGAGCCAGCCAGCCCGGCCCCUCCCCCCUCACAACAACACACAGAUCCGGCCUCGCCGACGGUAGCCGUGACGCCGGAUCCAGUUGCUAGGGGAGACCAGGCUAUGCCCAACGAGAUUGAAUAUCAGGAUGGCCGGGGUUUUGGGAUCGGAACAUUAGUGUUCGGGAAGCUGCGAGGCUUUUCUUGGUGGCCCGGCCGGAUCGUUUCCUGGUGGAUGAGCGGCCGGAGUCGAGCUGCAGACGGCACUCGCUGGGUGAUGUGGUUCGGUGAUGGAAAAUUCUCUGUUGUUUGUGUGGAGAAGCUGAUGCCCCUGAGCUCUUUCUCGUCUGCUUUCCACCAGCCAACAUACAACAAGCAGUCCAUGUACCGGAAGGCCAUCUUUGAGGCUCUCCAGGUUGCCAGCGUGCGAGCGGGGAGACCAGUUCCCGCCUGCGAUGCGAGUGACGAGGCUGAAGGUGUAGAACUUCAAACCAGACAGAUGAUUGAGUGGGCCAUGACCGGCUUCCUGCCUACCGGUCCACAGUCACUGGAUCCUCCAGAAGAGGAGCAAAAUCAGUUUAAGGAAGGGUACCUAGAGAUGUUGCCAGAACCUGAGGCAGCAUACACACCUCCACCUGCAAAGAAACCACGCAAGAACACAGCAGAGAAGGCAAAAAUCAGAGAGGUGAUCGACGAAGGGACCCGAGAGAGACUCAUACAUGAAAUCAAAAAGAAGACCAGGAAUAUAGAAGAUAUCUGCAUCUCCUGUGGAAGCCUCAACGUCUCUCUGGAGCAUCCUCUCUUCAUGGGAGCAAUGUGCCAGGGCUGCAAAAACUCGUUCCUGGAGUGCGCCUACCAGUACGACGAUGAUGGCUACCAGUCCUACUGCACCAUCUGCUGUGGAGGCAGGGAAGUGCUCAUGUGUGGAAACAACAACUGCUGUAGGUGUUUCUGUGUGGAGUGUGUAGACCUGCUGGUUGGAGCCGGCUCAGCGGCGGCGGCGAUCAAAGAGGACCCCUGGAACUGCUACAUGUGCGGACCCAGGAGCACCUAUGGAUUACUGCGGCGACGGGAUGACUGGCCCAUCAGACUACAGCACUUCUUCGCCAACAAUCACGAGCAGGAGUUUGAACCUGCCAAAUUGUACCCUCCAGUCGCGGCAGAGAAGAGGAAACCAGUCAGGGUCCUCUCCCUAUUUGACGGCAUUGCCACAGGUCUGCUGGUGCUGAAAGAUCUGGGCAUCCAGGUCGACAAGUACGUCGCAUCCGAAGUCUGUGAGGACUCGAUCACUGUCGGCAUGGUUCGGCACCAGGGACGCAUCAUGUAUGUGGGGGACGUACGCAAUGUAACCCGCAAGCAUAUCGACGAGUGGGGGCCGUUUGACCUGGUAAUCGGAGGAAGCCCCUGUAACGACCUGUCCAUAGUCAACCCUGCAAGGAAAGGCCUCUACGAGGGCACCGGACGGCUGUUCUUCGAGUUUUACCGUCUGCUCCACGAGGCUCGGCCCAAACCAGGAGACGAGCGGCCGUUCUUCUGGCUCUUCGAGAACGUGGUCGCUAUGGGAGUCAGCGACAAACGCGACAUCUCACGCUUUUUAGAGUGUAACCCAGUGAUGAUCGAUGCCAAGGAAGUCUCUGCUGCCCACCGCGCUCGCUACUUCUGGGGAAACCUGCCAGGCAUGUCCAGACCUCUGACGCCAAUGGCAAAUGACAAACUGGACUUACAAGAGUGCCUUGAGCACGGCCGCACAGCUAAGUUUGAGAAGUUGCGUACGAUAACGACACGCUCCAACUCUGUGAAGCAGGGGAAAGACGAGCAUUUCCCCGUCUACAUGGACAACAAGGAGGACAUCCUCUGGUGCACAGAGAUGGAAAGAUUGAAGAGUGAUAGCAGAACAGAUGACCAUGGUGAUGAGAGAGAGAGAGACGGAGGGGAGAGAGGAGGUGCAGCAGUUAAAGAGAAAGAGCAGAAAGUAGGUGACCAGAGAGAGAGGGAGAGAGAACACAUGGAGAGACAGAUGACCAGGGUGUUCGGUUUCCCCGUCCACUACACUGACGUGUCCAACAUGAGUCGUCUGGCGAGGCAAAGGCUGCUGGGUCGUUCCUGGAGCGUCCCCGUCAUCAGGCACCUCUUCGCCCCGCUCAAGGAGUACUUUGCCUGCUAUUAAUUACAAACCAACUGUCUCUCUCUCUCUCUCUCUCUCUCUCUCAGACACAAACACACAAAGAGACACACACAUGCUGGUAACGGCAAACAGGAUACAGUUCGUACACGAAAGGUUGGCUGAUGCAGAAUGACACAGACUGGACAAACACCCACGAACCAACACACAGACCGCACACAAGUAAUGUAGACCACUGGCUGACCUUAGUCCCCUGGUGCUACCCUGCUGAUUUAUAUACACAAACACACACACACACACACACAGGGUUUCUGUACUGUAACUCAUACGUAAACUUCCUGUCCAACCUUGAAACUGAUGUCUUCUGGCUUUACCGUGCCGCAGUAGUUGGAAGUUACGACCUCCAGGGGGCGCAAAAGUAACAAAACAGCUUUCUGUUUUUUUUUAAUAUCUCUCCAAGUACAUAAACACACCAAUAAAUCCUCCUGCCCUCAACACUCAACUGUAUUAGAGCUUAGUGACAGUUCUGGCAGUGCAAUGAACUAAAAUAUAUCCAAAAAACAUGAACACAUAAUAGUUAAUGCUCGUGGUGCUAAUGGAGCCCGAACGGUGCCACUUAAACACAACACUUCUACAGGUUUUGGUGCUCUUAGAGGCUAAACAGUCUCUGUUUUUGUUGUUGUUGUUGUUUUAGUCGCUGCAUUGUUUAUGUUUCCCUGAGACAAACUAAACCUUUUUGCAUAGCAAAAAA